UGAUAAUGGAGAACAUUGACGAUUAUGAUAUUACUGAACCAUCAGCAAUGGACAUGCUUCUUGUUCGAUUGGAAGAAAUUAAUCAAGAGAACGAAGAUUUCAUGGAAUUAUUGCUGGAGAAAUUAGAUGACAUGGUGAUAACUUGGGAGCAACCAUGGUAUCAAAAGAUUAACUCCGUCACGAGACCAAUUAAAGAAACAAAUGAGGAUGUGAAAAGUGAAAGCGAGACCUAUCGCACAGAUUCGUUCACACGAGAAGAAAGUACGAUAGUGCAGAAAAAUUGGAACAGAUUUAGGAAGAAGUUCCGAUUACCAGACAAACCCAUAUGUAUAGCAAGAUGGAGAAACAAAGAAGGCAAGCAUCCUACAGUUCCUCAAGAAAGAGCACGGCAUUUUGUUAUAUCAUACCUGGCUAAGGGAUUGGAACGAAAUCUUUAUCAAGUAUACAGGCACUUUCUCACUGAAUAUGGGGGCCCUGUAAAAGGACCUUACUCUGAACAGGAAGAAAAAAUUAUGGAAAUAUGUUUCCACCAUUGCCCUAAAAAAGCUGUGGUUUAUUUGUCUGCUAUACUUAGCAGAGAACCUAGGAAUAUCUAUAACAGAUUACGCCAUAUGCGCAAUGGAAAGCCGGAAUCCACAAAGAAAAUAAAAUGGAAACUGGAACUUGCAACAAAGUUUUUGCAAAAGUUGAUUAAAUAUUCAGGAUAUUCAUUUAAUGAAUUGAAAAAUAGAACAUUUGACUUAUCUGUGUGGCAUAAAUUACAAGUAUAUAUGAGACAACCAUAUGACAAACUAAAGAAGUUUUGGUAUCGGCAACUUCAUGUGCUUCUGUUUGUAGAAUAUGAUGUCAAGUUUACAAGGCUUGGGAAAAAAUUGAUGAAAAUAUUAGAAUCCGCUCCACUAUACCAAGUGUGGACUGACAUAAGAUGGAAAGAUGUUGCAAAAAAAUUUCCUGACGGCUUUACUUCUGCAUUUUUGAGAGGUGUUGCUUACAGACUAAUCAGAAGGUACCAAAGACGUAACUACAACUGGCUCAGAGACCCACUCAUUGAAGUUGUUAGUUAUACACUACGCCAGAUGAAAACUGCACCUAGAAAAACAUAUCGCCUUAAAACUUUAACAUUAAGUUCUGAAGGUAUAUUGACACCAAUAAAAUACAAUGUCAAAAUGGAUUUGCAGUCAAUAAACUGAUAGCGCUAUGUACCUACCGCUUUUUUAUUACAUACUUUUCUAGGACAUUUUGUGCACAUUGAAACCUGCCGGUGGCCAACGUGUGGGCAGCUCCACAAAACUCGUCUAA